AACGAGGGGGGAAGGCCAAAAAGAGGUUUUCUGUUCAGUUCGCUGGUGGCCAUCGUCUCGUCGAGGGAGGUGGAAAAUUCUGUGUGGUUGGUUAAUCGCGUUUGUGUUCAAGGCUUCGGGUUUUCUCUUCGUGCGGUCACUUCCGGGAAUAGCACGCCAAGUGGUUCCCGUCCGAGCGCAGGUUCCGGAACGGUCCCAGAAAACUUCUCUCUUUCCCCGUGACGGCCAGUAGCACGGCAGCGGCGCAACCACGUCGAACUCCGGCGCGGACGGUGAGCACGUGGGUGGACGCGAAGCCGCAGUAGAAGCAGGCCAAUCGGGAUCGACGCCCAAAACGGCAGAUUGUGAACGGCUUCGCAAACACUCGUCGGACGUCAGCGCGAAAACCAACAACAAACGGCCACCGGACGAGAACAGCGAGCACCGCCGGGAACGCAGCAUGUCGUCCAGUUGUUGCGGGACAAAGAAGCAAAAGCUCAACGGGAACUACUCGGCGAACGGGCACUGCUCGGGCGAGGGGGGCAGCAACGGAACCGCCAUGAACGGCCACAACGGGUACCUGACCAAUGGUCACGGGAACGACGUGGGCCACUCGUCGAUGGGCGCCCAGAUGCCGGAGAUGUGCUUCUACUGCUUCGAGGUGCUGUACCGGGAGCUGAACAACCUGGAGGAACCUCGUACUCCGUCCUUCACCAACGAUCCAUUCCCAUUGUUUGUUACUUGGAAAAUUGGGAAGGACCGGCGUUUGCGCGGAUGUAUCGGAACAUUCAGCGCAAUGCGUCUUCACUCAGGUCUUCGAGAAUACGCAAUAACAAGUGCUUUAAAGGACUCGCGCUUCUCGCCGAUCACGCGGGACGAGAUCCAAAGACUGACCGUGUCGGUGUCGAUCCUGCAGGGCUUCGAGGAGGCCCGCGGCUACCUGGACUGGACACUGGGCACGCACGGCAUCCGGAUAGAGUUCUACAACGAACGGGGCUCGAAGCGGACCGCGACCUACCUGCCGCAGGUCGCCACCGAGCAGGGCUGGGACCAAACGCAAACGAUCGACUCGCUGCUGCGCAAGGGCGGCUACCGGGCCGCCAUCACGCCGGAGACGCGUCGCUCGAUCAAGCUGACGCGCUACACGUCCCAGGAGUGCCACAUGACGUACGGGGAGUACCGCGACCUGGUCGAGGGCCGUGGCGUCUCGGGACAAUCGCAGUACAACGUGCCCGGUAAAGUGCAAUGCUAACAACACGUCUUUUAUCUGCCUCCACCACGACCUCCGCCGCAACAUCAUCAACAACAACAACAACAGCUACAUCACUACCAGCAGCCGUUGCAAAGUCUGCAACCGUCGCCUAUCUGUCACCAGCAGCCGAUGGCAUGGAGCGGAACUCCGGCCACCGGUGGUGCUGGUGGAUCGUUCUCCUCUUCCUCGUCCUUGUGCUCGUCCUCAUCGUCCUCGCCUUUGUCCUUGCCGUCGUACUCGCCGCCAGGGAUGAUCCCCCACCACCAUCAAUCCUAUCAGCCCAGUUUCCAUCCCCCGUUCCAGUUCCAUCCGGUUCCGCCGCAGGCCCCGUUCCUUCCGCCACCGGCAGCAGCUCCCCAGCAACCCCGAUCCCGCUAUUUUCACUAAACCGCCGUAGCGGCAGGCGGUGUGAUUCAGGCAGAUAAAAAGAUACCAAAACACAGACACACAGUUCUAAUAAUACCUAAAUAUAUAAAUAUACGAGGAGAGGAAGAGCGGUGGCCACCUGCAUGACGAAAGUGUCCACCCGGACGGCUUGCUAGGGCACCGAAGAGGUAGAUUACGGAAGCAACAAAUGAAAGCGGUAACUAAAUGUUCAUUAAUCUAAAAAGAAAUACUAACUAAAUAGUACUAAUAACAUAUAUUGCGAUGAUAGCAAGAAGAGAAAUAAUAUUUUAAAUUAACAGAAGAGAUAAAAUACAAACACUUUUUGAAUCGAGUUUGGCGUGACGUUUACGAAAUCAAUAAAUAAAACUCACUAAAACAGUUUGUAGUCUAGAAAGCGUCUAGUACUUCAAUACAAGCAAAAAAAUCUAUAAAAUCGACUUAAAGUUUCAAUGCAAUCAACACUUGAAUUGUUUGCAUCGAUUCCUCUAAAAAAAAUCCAAAUUUAAGUAUUCGUGACAAGAGCAAAACAUUAGAGAGAGACAAAUUUUCCGUGUACGCGUUCUUAAGCAUUAAUCUUAAGUGAUAAGAGAAGUUAAAACCCUAAACAAUUUGUUUAUCGAAUCGCGUUAAGGAGCCAUUACACUACCGCAAACAAAAUCGCAUUUUACGUGUUUGACAGUUUGCCAGUCUCGCAAACUUGUUUGCGGCAAACUCGCAAACAAGGCAAAAUGUAUGCAGGCUGACGUUUGUUCGAAACAAAUCCAAGUAGGCAAACUGGCAAACUGUCAAAAAGUGCGAGUUUGUUUGUUUGUUUGCCGUAGUGUAAUAGCUUCUUUACUUUCUUCAUCGUCGUCAUUUAACCACAACCUCCACCACCGUCGUGUUUUGUUCCCGCGAUGAAAAGGCCCCGCGACGAAAGAAACGGUCCAGCAUUCGGUGCCAAACUCAACCAGCACCCAUCGAAUCUGCCCAAAUUCUGUUGUACUUAAGCCAUCGAAUAAUCUGCAUUUUUUCAAGCUGACUAGAAAUGUUUCAUUUUGACAAACACCGCUCAACCUAACCUUCGGUUAUCUUGGCAGAAUUUGACAACUGUCAAAUGAAAUAUUUCAAGCGCACACGCUAACGCAAAAUCCAUCAACUGUCAGUGCAACAAACAACCGAAAAGCAUCGAUUUGAAACCCUUCAUCGCGUGGAACUCCUUAGCAAGAAGAUAAUCUGUCUGUCGGGCAGAAAACGAUUUGCAAUUAGUGAUCUUAUUAUUUUCCCCCGCUGUUAGUGAUUGGAACUAUUGAACAACAAAUCUCAUAAAUUUAGUUAGACACCCGAGCAAAUGAUUAAGCGGUAAAAUAAAUGCUUUAAAAAAAAUUGUUCAACAACACGAAUUAUAAUCGCAGCUGAAUGUGAGGGAAGACGGAGAGCAAAUUAGAGGAGUAGAUUAAAAAGCGAACAAUACGAAGAAUUAAUAAAAUUAAAAAAAAACACACACAUUUAUAAGAACGUGAAAGCAAAUGAAAAACAAUUUAAAAAUUCUAUUAGAAAUUCGCGUUUUAAGGCCAGCCGUUUUACAAUUAUAACAACAGAACAAAACAAAAUUAUCUAAAUGUUACAGUUCAAUUCGAUCACAUUCGUUCUCGAGUAAGCUUGAAAAUUCCGUUUCGCUUUUAGAAUUUUGGAUAAAAACACGUCACAAAAGAGUCGUCUUGUAUGGUAAAAACACAGAAAUGAAGAAUAUAUUUUUAGGGAAGAAUUUUAACGCCGUUUUUCGCAAGUUGCUAGAGAUAUUUGUUUCUAACCGCCCCUUUUUAGACGAAAUUGUCCCACUAAAGCAAUAAGUUUGUUCAUUUUUUAAAUCUAGAUUGAUUUUUUUUAAAUUCACUACAAAGAAUUACCCCGUUAAUUAAAUGUUUUUCAAAUCAGAGAGCGAAAAAAAAUAUAUAUUUACCUUAGAGUCGUAAACAAAACAAGAAAAAAAAACUAAUGUUCAAUGAAGUUUCACGAA